AUGGCUACCCUUAGCGUUCUAGUCUUUGAUGCUAAGGGUCGGGCUGUUGACUUUGAGGUCUGGGUCGAUGAUUUACACCUUUUCCUACAAUGCGAUAGGAAGGACGGUCUCUCCCUGUUCGAUCUCACGUCUGGCGCCUCUACUGCCCCUGCUGCCGAUGCUGACAACACUGUUCGCUCACAGUGGGCCACACGCGAUGCUGCUGCCCAUCUUGCUGUGCGUAGAGACUUACCGUCCACUGAGCGUGCGCACUUUAGUCAGUACAAGAGUGCUAAGACCUUGUACGAUGCUGUAGUUGCACGCUACUCUUCCCCUGCCACUGCUGCCCUUAGCCGCCUCAUGCUGCCGUACCUGUUUCCUGACCUCGCCGCCUUUCCCACAGUUGCUGACCUCAUUACGCACCUUCGCACUAGUGACACCCGCUACUGCGCUGCACUUCCUGCUGAGUUUUGCGCCAAGAACCCCCCCCCCCCCCCCAUGUACAUCACCCUCUACUACAUAGUCACCCGGCUCCCUGACUCCCUUUGCUCGGUCAGGGACCACUUCCUCUCAGUUUUCCCCACCACACUCACCGUUGACCUCCUCGACGAUCGCCUCCUGGCAGCUGAGAAGAGUAUAGUCGCUAUAGGAGCCUCUCGUGGUGACCCUCGUGCCCCCCUCUUUGAGGGGUGCUUCCCCUCCCCCCUCUUGCCCUUUGUUGCCUCUGCUGCUGCCGUCGACUUCGUUGGCACCGAGUCGGUCGGAGCUGCGUCUGCCCCUAGUGGGAGACGCCGCACCGGCAAGGGCAAGGGGGGCAAGGGCGCUGGAGGGGCUGGCGGGGGCGGUGGAGGUGGCGGUAGAGGCGGCGGAGGGAGUGGGGGUGGCGGUGGGAGUGGUGACGGGGGUGGGGGCUUCGGUGGCGGCGGUGGAGGCGGAGGCGGCGGCGGCGGUGGCAGUGGGAGCGGAGGAGGAGGCCGUGGCGGCGGUGGCGGAGGCGGCGGUGGCAGAGGUGUAGCUGGUCGGGGUGGCUCUGCGCAGUGGGGCGGCUUCGGUGGUGGUCAGCGCCAGCAGCAGCAGCGCACUCGCGAGCUGCUUAGGUCGGGGGUUGCUAUCUUUGAUCUAGAUUAUGAUGCCAUUCUGGCUGCCAUGUAUGUUGUGUCUACUAGUGAUGAGGGUGACUGUUACCUGUGUGUUCCGCUUGACCCGGGCAUUGAGGCUGCUGCUCCAGGUCCUGGUGAGGCUGCUGCUCUCGGUGCUAGUGCCUCUGCUGCCCCAGGUGCUGGUGAGUCUGCUCUCUUAGGUCUCUACCUCCCCUCGUUCUCUACGAACUUGGUGAGUGGUGCUGAUCUACAGGAUGGGGGGGUUGACCAGUUCACUCCUACGACUCAGCGGGUGACCCACUGUACGUGUGCUCGGACGGGCCGACACUUGGCCACGUUUACCCGUCAGCCGGGGUCGAGCCUGUACACACUGACUACUGAGUCUCCUCUGGUUGCUGAGUCUGGUCAGGAAGCUGCGUCAGGUCAGGUGUUUGCUGCAGCGUCCAGGUCUGGUCCUGAGUCUGCUCCCUGCUCGUGUCGUCUCCUGUCCCACCAGACUCUCCUCUGGCACCACCGCCUUGGUCACCCCUCCCUGCCUCGUCUCCGAGGCAUGGCCUCCCGUUACCUUGUCUCUGGUCUCCCCCGGUCUCUCCCUCCCCUCCCUUUGGGGCCUGCCCCUACCUGCGUUCUCUGCGUCGAGGGGCGGCAGCGCGCCGCCCCUCACUCCUCCGAGUUUCCUCCGACAGAGGCUCCGCUGCAGACUCUUCACAUGGACGUGUGGGGCCCCGCCCGCGUCCGUGGCCAGGGUCAUGAGCGUUACUUCCUUUUGGUGGUUGACGACUACUCGCGUUACACCACGGUGAUCCCCUUGCGCAGCAAGGGUGACGUCACUGAGGUGUUGAUCGACUGGAUCCGCGCAGCUCGUCUCCAGCUCAGAGAGAGUUUCGGCUCGGACUUUCCUGUUCUGCGUCUGCAAUCAGACAGAGGCGGGGAGUUUUCCUCUACCCAGACCUCCCCCACUUUGCGGUGGACGGGGAAGGUUGGCGAUGCGUCUGCGUUUCGUGUGUGGGGAUCUCGGGCGUUUGUCCGCGACUUGUCUGCGGACAAGCUGUCCCCCAGUGCUGUUUUCUUCGUCUUCCUUGGCUUCCCCCCUGACGCGCCUGGUUGGCAGUUUUACCACCCCACCUCGCGCCGUGUGUCCCAGGUAGACGCAGUCAAGCCUGUCAAGGUAGCUGUUGACUCUGGUGCUGCUAGGGGUGCUGAGCCUGCGGGUGCUGAUUCUAGGGGUGCUGAGCUUGGGGGUGCUGAGUCUGGGGGUGCUGAUCCUGGUGGUGCUGAGCCUGGGGGUGCGGAGCCUCGGGGUGCGGGGCCUGGAGGUGCUGAGCCUGGGGGUGCGGAGCCUGAGGGUACGGAGCCUGGGGGUGCUGAGCCUGGGGGUGCGGAGCCUGGGGGUGCUGGGUCUGCUCGUGUGGCCUCUGGCGGUGCUUCGUCGAGGCGGGAGCUACCCUCUCCGCAGGAGCUGCGCGAGUGGUUUGCCCGGCGCUGGAGCCGUGCUGCUGGAGCUGGAGGUGCUACUGUUGCUGCUGGUUCUGGUGGUACUCGUACUGGCGGUACUGGAGCUGCUGGGACUGGGGGUGCUGCUGGGGCUGCUAGAGUUGGUCCUGGUGGAGGUACUGCUGGAGCUGCUGGUGGUACUGGAGCUGACGGUCCUGCUGGUGCUGGAGCUGCUGGAGCAGGAGGUGCUGGAGCUGCUGGAGCUGGAGCAGCUGGGGGUGUUGGCGCAGGAGGUGCUGCAUGCACUGAUGCUUCUGAGGGUGCUGGAGUUGGGGCUGUUGGAGCUGGAGGUGUUGCUGGCGCUGGUGCGGCCGCUCGGAGUAUUGGUGCUGUCCCUACUGGUUCUGGGGGCGCUGCGCGGCCGCGGCCUUACUUCUUUCCGCUCCUUGAGCAGGUUCUUGGUCUCCCGCCCUCUACUGGUCCUGCUCCUCUCUUAGAGUGUCCACAGCCUGUCAAGUCGCGGUCACAGUUACAGCCCGCCUCCCCCCUGCUUGCUCCUUCUCCCUACACUGGUCCUACUGGAGGUCUUGCUGAGCGUCGUGAGCCUGCGUCUCGUCCUGCGUCGCCUGUUCGUGCUGUUCGCACUAGUAGUCGUGCUCCGCGUCCGCGUCCUCCUGCGGUCCCAGGCACACACCGGAUGGCACUGCGUCCGUCCACUCCUCCUCUUCGUGUCCCGUUGAUGUCUCUUCCAGAGUCCUCUCUUCCUGUUCUUGCUGACCCGGAGUCUGACUCUCUUCGUGCUGCCAAUCCUACUGUCACGCGUCUCCUGGCUACUAUUGUCACUGACCCUUCCUUUGACUCCACUGCUGCGUCUGCCUUGGUUGCUGAGCUUGUCGACUUUGCUGCUCGCUGUCGUCUAGACUACGCCGCUAGUCUUGUUGCUGAGUCUGAGUCUUUCUGUCCUCCGUCCGUCGGGGGUGAGUGUGCUUUUAGGACGGACGUCCUUGAGGACAGGCAGGAGGAGUUCCAGUGUUUUGCUGCUGCUUUGCCUCAUCUUGUGUCCAAUCUGAUUGCCCCAGAGGGAGACCCGGAUGCACCAGACAUCCCGACUCCUCGAUCGUACGCUGAGGCGAUCGAGGGUCCCUAA